AGCCUUGUGCUCCUCUCACUUGUCAAUCUUUGCCAAGUAUAACACGUUCCUUGUCCAUCCACCACCCUAGUCAUGGCUUCGUCCCCACACAGCUCCCCUCCUAUCCACCACCUCCUCGUCUUCUUCCUCCUCUUCGCUUCUGCCACGGCCUUCCCCGUCACCUCCGAGUUCGAACUCGGCAUCCAGAAGAGAAUCCACUUCCGCGUCUACUUCCACGAGACCUUUCUCGGCCCCGACAACACCACCGUCACCGUGGUGAACAUGAGCCUCCCCUACACCUUCGGGGACAUCGACAUCUUCGACGCCGUGUUGAGGGUCGGCUCCGACGCUAGCUCGACGGUCGUCGGAAGGGCGCAGGGCGCGGGCUUCCACAUGUCGCAGCAGGAGGAGGCGUCUCUGAUACCGCUGGUACUGGUGUUCACGGCGGGGGAGUUCGCCGACAGCACACUCACGGCGAUCGGUAGAUUGGACGCGUCCGGGAAGGCGGAGCGGGCCAUCGUGGGUGGAACGGGGGUGUUCCAGUACGCAUGGGGAAAGCUGGCGAGCGAGCUGGUGACGUCCUCCGUCGAGGGCCUCGUCGCCGCCUUCGACGUCUACGUCAUCUACUACACCGACGUCGGUCGCAGUGCCAGCCCAUGAUUGCGAGACCUUGCCGUCACCGACGCUUAAUACACGACAAAAAGAACUCCGGCUAUGGUGUCACUCCAUGAAGGCAGCGGUUGGAAUAAGGACAAAACAAAAGGCUGAAAUAAAUGCGAUUCUACGUGUCACUUUGUACUUCCAUCUUUAUCUUAAAAUAAAGAAAAGCUUCUUAUUAUUGAGAAAGAAAAGCUUUUACAAA